UGAGCAGUUAUCAUGUCUCCUUAACGAAUAACAUAAAGUUAGUAACGUUUCGCAGUGGUACGUACCAGCAAUCUCCAUGUAACGGGAUCUGUACUACGUCUGUAUUGAAACAUGGGAGCGUCAGCUAGCACAGAAGCUGGACCUAUGCACGCAGCUGUUGCUGAAGCGAACGUGUCGCAAGUACGCCACCUCUGCUCGACUGCUGAAGUUAGUGUAAUCAACCAGGAAUGUAACGGUGAAACACCCUUGACGCUUGCACUGCGGGAUUGCGUCGAUAUUGCCGUUCUCCGUGAGCUACUACAGUGUCCACGUUUGGAAGUUAACAAACCGACCACAAUACUGCAAAACACUCCGCUGAUGACCGCCGUGCUGCUCUCAAGUCUCUUCAGUUCCAAAACCAGCAUCCUGCAGAAAGCGGAACUCAUAGCAGCACACCCCCGAUGCCGGUUUGCGUUACGGAAUCGCGAGAAUCGAACUGCGCUGGAAAUGGCGCUACUCACACAGAACUUCGCCGUUAUUGGGUGUUUGUUACCCGGUGAGCGAAUUACGCAGUACACACCGGAAGAUAUAAUCAGGAUGGGUGCGUGGGCUGUGAAGAGCGACAACGUGGAUCUGGUGGCUGCGAUUUUGGACAGUGUUCCGGAGGGGAUUCAGAAAGUGCUACUGGACCUUGCAAAGGAAAUUUUAGAUAACGAACCGGCGGUUGACGCCGCUAACCAUCCAGUCGAACCUGAGCAAAAUAUACCUCCACUGCAUUGCGCCAUUUUACGUGAAUCCACUGUCGCCGUCCAAGAAAUCCUGCAGCAAUCAGACACUGACGUCAACCAGAAAGUGGUCGGCUUAACACCGCUGAUGCUGGCCAUUUUUGGACGUAGUAUACCGAUUGUCCAAAUGCUCGUGGACACUCCGUUCAUCGAUAUCAACAUGACCUCAACUGGUUUCAACAAGAUAACGGCGUUAGCCAUGUGUGCCUUUCCGGGUGGCAGUGUGGACGAAGAAGAUCGGAUUAAGAAGAUUAACGCCAUUCUGGCUCAUCCUGAGUGUGAUCCCACGCUGAAGGACGAACACGGGGUCAACGCUCUGGGGAUGGCGGCCAUGUUCGGCAACCAGAAGAUGGUCGAUUGUCUGAUAGCGGUCGGUGGCAUUGACCGGUAUGCGGUGGAUGAUGUGUGGCGGUGUAUGCGGUUUGCCAUUAGUACGGGUUAUCUCCGUUUGGCGCAAACCAUGUGUGAUGCUGUUCGGGGGGAACGGCAUGCGGUGCUGCGAAGCAGGUUGGACCCGUCAAAUGCGCCGGAGGCACUGAAGACAGCCAUGCGGAUAAAACCCCAUAUGGUCAACGGGACUCUGCUGCAUUACACCCUGAAGUAUGCACUGCGCAUGGGCCGGCCCGUAGUGGGUAGCCAUGUUAUUAUUCGCCAAGACCCAGCGUUAGUGCGGAGGAAACAAGUGGAACACAAUCUGGACUUCGAAGCAGGGAUGUGUAGUUGUUGGGGAACCGUUGAGAUGUUCACGUCUAGCGGUGAUGCAAUAUUAAAGAUGAUCACCGCACCAUCCCUGGCGUGGAAACUUCUAGUCUGUCAUCCCGAAACCCUAGUUGUUAUGUCCCGAGAUGGUUAUGAGGGCCGCGAUGCCGAUGGCCAAGUGAUUAAGGCCAAAGAUGUUGCGCUCAUCGUAGGGAAAGUCGACACUGCCGAUCUUUUACAACCGAGGCCCUCUAGACCGGAUAAUGGUCAUGGGGUUUCGACGGGAAAAUUGUGCGAUAUCCUAUUUUUUAAUGAAGACGGCGAUGUCUGCGUCAGAGUAAACAAGACAAGUAGCUUCGUCAAUCGGAAAGCACUAAGGAAAAUAGGCAAAGUGUUAUGUGGCGACGGUUCUCUCGUCCAGGUUGGCGAUAAAAUUCGGGUAAUCCUCAUGGAAACUGCAUUCCAGGCCGUGCAAACCGAAGAAUUUUACGGCUGGUUACCGGCCCUUGCAAGCUUGAUUGGGGCCACGCUGACGGUGCAGGCGCUGUGGACGUCCGCAUCGGACAAUCCCAAACUUAUGCUGGAGGUGGAGCAUAAUGGGCUCGAGUUCUUUCUUAAUCCACAAGCAGUCGGCUUGUGUGAUCCCGCCCAGCUCGACAUUUUUAGGAGCGCAGCAGAGCCAAUAACUGACAUUUCCGUACACAGUGGUAUCCAGAAUGUAAACCCAGAAGACAGCAUGCAAUUUUCUUCAGAUCUAGCAGCAAUCGAAUGCAGUGCGCUGGAGCAACCCCUUCUCCAGAAGCUAGAUCCCCACAAUUCCAUAUCUUGAAGACAAAAUCAAACAGCUGGAGAACUAAAAUGAUUAAGAAUGCUUGCAGUUUAUUACAAAUGUGUGGCACAGAGUCUAUCUUAUGGAUGUUGUGCUGACGUUUUGAAAAGCGUUUUUAAGGGCGUCAGUGCUCAUAAACGCCAUUUAAUUCUGUUGCUCGCG